AUGAAUUUAAUAUCAUCAUGUACACGAAAAUUUUUAACGUCCAUCUUCAAGAGAAAUUUUCACAAGGGAUCCGUAUGGAUGGACAAAGAUAAAAUGGAAGUUAAGAAUCCAUUCUGCCUACAACCAAUCGGGAGUGAGAAAGAUCACCAUACAAUACGAAGACACGACAACUGCCGGCGCCAAAGACUUUACGAGUUCGGCCUAUACGUCGCUGCUUGCAUGCCCAAAUAUGUCCAGAAAGUACAAAUGCAGCACACUGAUGAAUUGGAAAUAUUAGUUGCUCCAGAUGGCUUCUUUCAGGUGCAGUCCUUCUUGGCACACCAUCAGAAUGCCUGCUUUAAUGUAUGUUCUGCAGCAACUGCUAUAGAUGUGCCAAGCAGAGAGUUUCGAUUUGAAGUUGUUUACUGCUUACUAAGCAUGAGAUUCAGCGAACGAGUACGAGUGAAAACGUAUACGGAUGAACUAACACCAGUCAAAUCAGCCUAUUCCCUGUGGCAAGUUUGCAAUUACUUGGAAAGAGAAAUUUAUGACAUGUUUGGCAUCAUAUUUACAGAUCAUCCCGAUUUGCGAAGAAUCCUUACUGACUACGGAUUUCAAGGGCAUCCGUUGAGGAAGGACUUCCCUCUUGUAGGUUACACAGAAGUCCGUUAUGAUGAUGAGCUGAAGAAAUUGGUAUAUGAGCCAGUGGAAUUUGCACAGGAGUAUCGCAGUUUCAAGCUACAAUCUCCGUGGAGUUAUUCAAAGAAUUUCCACGAAGGCUACGAUAAUUCCAAACCGCCGCCAAAAAAAGACAAAUAG